UCGGAGAUAGUUACAGCUGAACUACAGAUGGAAUUUUAGUGUUCUACUGUGUAAUAAGGAGUUUCUGAUGACGUGACUCUCUAAAUGCAUGGUCUAUGAUAUAUUUAUCUGGUCUGAAUCAAUUUCAAUGACUGUUAAACGAUGCAACGGUUAUUUUUCGCCACUUCUUUGCGACGUCCUGGUCGAUUAUACAAACACCUUGUCCAGUCUUUCAGGGACAUACAGCAUGACAGCUCAUUUUUCAACGUUAAACGCGUGGCACUUGUUUCGAAGAUGACUAGAUAUGAUUUUUUAAAGUCAACAUACAAAGAUUUAAGUGAAGGAGAAUUAAAGAAACAUUUGGAUAACAUACGGUCUGAUUAUGAGUCUCUUCACCAGCUUCAUCUGAACCAUUACAAAUGUGUUGACUUGAUCAACAGAACUUUAAAAGAUCAUGGUAUAGAGACAAAGGUUGUGAACCGAUUCCAGUACUCUGAUGAGGUUGUAGACUGGGCGGAUCUAAUUGUUACUGCUGGCGGUGACGGUACAUAUCUUUUGGCUGCCAGUAAGAUCAAAGUCAAUGACAAACCAGUCAUUGGAAUUAACACAGAUCCUAAGAGAUCUGAGGGGUAUUUGUGUCUCUCAAAAAAGCAUUUUCCUGCAGAAAACUUUGGACAAGCUGUGAAACGAAUCCUUGAAGGGAAAUUUCGAUGGAAGUGGCGUCAGCGGAUCCGGGUGACAAUGUCUGGUUUCCAUCAGAAUGACGAGCCUAUUGCCAUACACAAUCAGCAACUUUUGUACCCUGAACACCGGUUUGAGGAGCACAUCAGAGAAGCUGAGUCACAUUUUGGGGAGGAACUGGAGCAGAGGUUACACAUUCACGAAAUGCCGCCUCGAGUACUACCCGUCUUAGCUUUAAAUGAAGUGUUUAUCGGUGAGGCUCUGUCAGCAAGAGUAUCAUACUAUGAAAUCAAAAGAGAUGAAGAACCCAGUAUAAAACAGAAGAGUUCUGGGAUCACUAUAUGUACAGGAACUGGUUCUACAUCCUGGUUUUUCCACAUAAACCACCUACCAACAGAGGCUGUGAAAGAUAUACUAGGAAUAACAAAUCGCCUUACUAACUGCCAAGUAGAUUUAACAGAUCAAAAGCUGAUGUGUAAGGUUGCUUCAGAAUUUAAUAGCUCUCUCAAAUUUCCUCCUGAUGAACCAAGGAUGGCAUACACAGUGCGUGAUCCGAUUGUAAACGGUGUAUUUGAUGCUAUACGACAACAGAGAGGCUUUGCUACAAGGAUCAGGAUCAACUCUCGGAUGUGGGACGGCACACUUGUCAUAGAUGGAGAUUCUUCCUUUCACUUUAAUGAUGGAGCUGUGGCUACCAUGGAAAUGUUGGAGUCUGAUGCACUACUGACCAUCACACUUGACUGAAGACAGAAUAACAUAUUAUUUAAAACUAAGUGAUUUUUAAAGUAUUUAAAAUUCAAUGUGCAUGUGUCAAUUUCAACUGAGAUUGAAAACAUCAUUACAUGUCUCAUUGAUAGCUUUAUGUAGCUUUAUGAAAUUAAAGUGAAGUAAUUAUUGAUGUGCUAUGUUACCAUGUUAAUUCUGCUUGGCCUGUUAACCCAGUUGCUAAACACAUUCUCCAUGACGACAUGUUCCAGAAUUACAGAUCAGUGGAUGUUAAGUCCUCCAUUUUUAUUUACCUCCUAGAUUACAAUUCAAUGUUAUAUUAUGUGAAGUGCCAAAACUAGAACAUACACCUCUAGAGCUCUAUAUUUAAAAGUAUAGAUUUUUUACAUACUUUGUUCACUAUAUGCCACUCACUGCUUAAGUACUGACAAUCAGCAAUGUGCCAGUAAAGAACAGAAUAGUAAUAUUAUUUAUUUCAUAGUAGUAUUUGCUUCUUCUUGAGAAGUGAGUUAACAAAACGUCUAGCAUAACUUUUUUUAUUCAAAUCAGAGCAUUUGAAGAAGAGCAAUAUUAAAUUGUCUGCAGAAAUUCAUAUUAAAUUGCCAACAGAUAAAUAUUUGGUUCAAAUUAUUUUGAUUAUCUAUAAAAAAAUUAAUGUAAGGUCUUGGGCUCAUCAACAUCAAACUGAUUUGAAAGAUUCCAAAGAACUUCAGUGUAUUUCUGACUCUUGAGCACUCUGGCCUACAGGUGACCUCUUCCUUUCAUUAAGUUGUCUAACUUCAAAAUGAAAUUUCCUAAACAUGAGCACUCUGUUGUAUUGAUAUUUGGCUGCAGAUCACACAAUUUAUGUUGAGACAGGUGAACAAUUUUUAGCCUCUUUCAUACAAAGAUGCCUACUUGCCUCUUGCUCAGUCCUGUUUAAAACCCAGCAGGUGAGGACGCAGUAAUAUUAAAUCAACGUCUAAAUGAAACAAUUACCAUUAAAUAUUGUAAUUAUCACCCAACCGCUUUGCAGUCAUGAAGGGGAAAUUGGAUAUAACUUUUCAUAUCUUAUAGAUGUUGUUUUUAUACUACAUACACUCACAAUUACUGUGGCUUUCACAAGUUUGCAUCUUGUUCUCUUAGGAUCAAAUUUAUGGGCACUGUUACCUUUAGUAGAAUUAUCAACACCAACUGAAUUUAGAAGGAAAUAUUGAAUCUGUUGAAAUCUUCUUGUAAAUGAUAUAGAAAUGAAAUGUAUUCAUGUCCAUCAAAACAUGUUCAUAUUUCUGUCAAGUUCCUGCUGUAAGUCAACAUCAUUUUGUCUUUGAUACUUAUUUACGCAGAAAUUGUCAUCAAAAAAAUUUAUAUUAAAUAUUAAAUCACCAUCAAAAAAUCUGUAUGACAUAAUCUACGUAAGAAAUACUACCAUUAGGUAAUUCUAUUAGAUUAUUAAAUAUAUUGUAAACUCACAAUCAUAAUAGUGUUAUAAAUAAACAACAUGACAUUGGCAUAAGAUCGUACUGAAGUGCAUGAAAAAUUAUCACAUCAGAAAAUCAGACAAAAUAAUUACAGAAAAUUUUCGAUAUUUCUAAUAGUUUGAUAACAUUUACUCAAGAUUCUUUAUUUACUUUUCAUUUUCAAUCCUUGUAUACAGUCGUUUUAAGCUGCGUGUCGAUUGAUAACUUGUCUUGUGUCAUUAUAGCACAUGAUGUUUCAAAUUAAGUUUGAUUUCUGGUCCUUCUAUACCCAUAGUAAUUCUAACACCGUUCAGCAAUGGGGAGACCUAUCAUAUAGCUAUGUGCCGAUUAAGUACAACAGGUUUUACUUGUGUUUUUUUUUUUUUUUAAUUUUUCAGGUUCAUUUUCUUUUAUAAUGAUGUGUGUAAUACAAUAUUAAAAGUAUUCAAGUCUUACAAUUAUUUACUUGUGUUUCUAGUUUCCAAUUUCUAAGUAUUUGACAACCAUUUCAAGAUCAUUGCAAUAUUUAACAAAAAAAGAUGCAAAAUAAUUCCCUUACCACUUUUUAGAGGGUGAAACCAGAAACAAUUAAAAGAAUUUUUAACCCAUAAUUAAAUCUCAGAAGCUAUUGAGUGAUGCAUAAUCUAUGUGAAACACACAAUUUGAAAUAGACAUCUACUGUAAGUACACAUAUUAUAGACUUGACUUUGUUUUUUUAACAUUUUUGUGUGAUUUUCACUUUUUGUAAGUAAGAUAUAACAGGUUUUAUAAAUUUUUUAAAAAUUAUUUUGUUUUUUCUGAUCAUGAAAGUCAAUGCACUUGUUCCUUGUUAAAUAAGACAUGCCUUAAUCAGAGACAUGCAUCACUUGUUGCUGUAAACUUCUUCAUUCUUAAAAUAAUCAUUGAUCACCAUACAUUGCUUUCUUCAGGCAGUUUUAACUUGUAGUGUUAUACAAGUACUGUUUGACAGUGUUUAAGGCAUAAUGAUUUUGUUAAAGAACUAAUGUACAUAAAAUAGUGGUUGAAGUUACUUGUGACUACUAUGUACAUGGAAACUUUCAUUGCAGGACAACUUUUACCUAUUUUGUCCUUUUAUGGUAAAAGACAAAAAUGAAGGAUUGGCUAAACUUUUGUAUAUACCUCAGGUAAAUUCAGUGAUGGACAAAAAAGAUAUUGUUUAUGUGCAGGUGAAAGAAAACUGUGGAGGAAUGUUUUCUUGUACAUAGUACCAGGUAUACACAAUUGUAGAUGAUACUUCAGGAAUAUCGUAUAUCAUCUUUUAAAAUUAUUUAAAUAUUUUUUUUUGUUUUAUUUCCAAUUAUUCCUACAUUAAAGACCUCUACUUGAUAUAGAGUGUACUUAAAAGAGGGGAGUUGAGUGUGUUGGUUUCUGUAGUACACAUGUUUUUGUGUAUACGUGAGUGUAUCAUUGAUAAAUAUUUUAAGGCAAUGACAAUUCAGUUGGUAGAGUGUUGGCCUAUGUAUACUUUUUUAGUGAGGUAGCAAUCAACAAGGUAUUGUAAGGAGAUCCUGCCUCAAAAUGAUUCUGGUGUUCAUGUAAUGAUAAACCAAGUAAGCGAUCUGAAUAUUUCUGAACCAUAUAGUUCCUUUGCAUUUACUAAUUUAUCUCAGAAAUUGUGUCCCAUGACAAGACUUUAAAGUUGUAGACCCUGGAGAUUUCAGUGGACUUUUAUUUUUGAGGAUAAAGAAACUCAUUAAAAACAGAUACAUGUACAAUAAGAUGAAAUAAAUAAGGAAACAUGGCACAUAAAAAUGAAAAGUGCAAGUUAAAAAAUGUUGAAAUAGUUUUUGUUUCAGUUUUAAAGGCAAUUAAUAGCAAACUCUAAGGUAUGGUAUUCAUAACAGUUUUUGUGAGAAGAAAGCAAUUAAAACAUUAAAAAAAGAUAAAUAAAUAAGAUAAAAUCAGUAUGUAAUAAUUAUUACAGUAUUGAUUAUUGAAAAAGUAAAAGUAUUUAUAAAACCAGCGUCUGUGUCUACUUUAUAUGAAACAGAUGUCAGGUUCUGUGGUGUAAGGUCAGUAUAAAUAUGUAUAUUAAAAACAUCAGGAUUAUUUUAGUGAAAAUAUUUUUCUAUUGCCAUACAGGACUCCAGAAGUCAAUGUCUGAAUGGAAAGUAAAAUUAAAUGUAGCUGGCUACACAAGAAAAUAAAAUACAAUUAUAUAUGUUUUGUAAGUUACUGAUCAGGAACAAAGAUGAACAUUGUUAUAGGAUAAAUCUAUCCAAAAUUCCUUUUUUCCAGGACAGGUUUUUGAGAAAAGGAGUCAUAGGUUUGAUUCCUGUGUGUCACUCAGAUCUAUAAUUGUCAGUUUUCCUGUAAUACUGAUUUAGGGCAUUACAUGUAUUUAUCCUGCAACAGGUGCUGCCAUUGUCUGAAUACGCCUGCCACAUUUAUUUUUUCCGUAAUCAGCAUUGACAGAAAACAGCUGAGAAUGUGCAUGAAUUUGACGGAAUUAAUUUCUGAAUUAACUUGAAAAAUAUGUUUUACAAUAUAAAUAACUAUUGAAAUAAGUGAUUUUUUGUGUUGUAAUGAACAAGUUUAUUUACAAAAGUUUAUAAAAUUGCUGUCAUACACGUUGAAGUUUGGAACUAUAUUUCUGCAUGGAACAAUUAUUUUGGCAUACAUCAUAAGACAAAAUUUACCAUAACGUUGACGUCAGGUUAACAGAUGGAACAAAAAACUGUUGGAGUUUUGAUGGUCUCAUUUUCAGUCAAUGUUGCAGGAUAAAAAGAAUACAUUGUCAGUGCCUUAGAAUAUAUAAGCUGCAUUUUGGCUCAGGACAGAAAGGCAAAAGUGUCUUUCUUCAACCUCGCCAAAAUACAGCUUAUAUUUUAAGACAUUGACCAUGUAUUCUCUAUGUCUGUGUACUUAUAAACAGGACAAUGAACAUUAUUCUGACAAUUUCCAGUGAGCUCACAGGGUGAGACAUGUAUGUACAAGUAUGUCCGAGUAUAUGACAGUGUGUGUGUGUUUGUGUGGUCUGUGAUUGUUUUUACCCAGAGUCAUUGUUUUUGACAUUUUUGUAAUACACAUGUACUAAAGAACAUAAAACAUUUUACAAGUUUCA